AAGAACGGCGCGCCAGCGCAAGCAGCGCACAUUGCGAGAAGUGAAACAAACGGACUGGAUCGCCUGUGUGUCCGACUCUGCUGGCAGCAUUUCGUUCUAUUGUUCAGCUAGUGCUCAUCGGCUCUCCUACAACCGCAUCUCAUACUGAAGGUUUUGUGUGUACAACAUUUGGAGACAAGAUGGCUCGUAAGAUGUUUCAUGUUUCUGAUUGCAUUACCAUUGUGAUCCCCGCAGCGAUUUGCGUCUUGACAGUCACUGUGCUGAACACCGCUGCGCAGACGACAGGAACUCCAACUGCAAUGACCACUGGUAUGGACACAACUCCCAUGGCAAGUGAUGAGGCAACUGACAACAGCACCGCUGCCGCCGCUGACGCAACAACUCCGCCUCCGGGGAUGUCUACGGCAGGAGGCGAUUCCACUCCUGAGAUCACAACUCCAAGUCCGGCAGGCAGUACAUCUGCUACCACAGAUUCGCCAACUGACACACAAACAACACAAAUGUCAACUGGCGACCAAAAUCCUACUUCAGGUGGUCAAAUGACUGAGUCCAACACCACGCCUUCUGGAAUGGCUUCACAAGGCGGUAACACAGAGGGUGAUGAUGGGAGCACGCAGGCUCCAAUGACCGGAAUGACUAGCGCUGCUCGCCUCAGUUGCUAUACAUGUGAAGCUAACAUGACCAGUGACCCUUGUUAUAAGGAGCAGAAUGCCGACCAACCGAAGGAAACGUGUGGGGCCGGGGAGAGAUGCUGGACUACUCGCCGUAACCAGGACGGCAAGUUCGUCAACCUGACCCGCAGUUGCCUCCCAGACGCGUGUAAAAACGAACACGACACCGCUUCUGCCGUAUUCUGUGAGACAAUGCGUGAAUCCGAAAUCUGCACCCAGUGCUGCGAGGGUGAAGUUUGCAAUUCCCACGAGAACUCUGCAGGGAUGGGUCAAUCAGGGUGUCUGUCGGGGGUUCUGUUAUCCGUUGUGGCCGUCUUGGGCUUAAUGCACCAGUAACGUGUGCUGAGGGUGUCGGGAUGGUCUCUCCGGGUUUUUGUCUGUAAGACAUUGUUGGUCCUGGAAGCAGUUAGGGACACCAAGUUGGUUGGAAUGUUUUUUUAUUUUUUAUUUUUUUUUCAUUUAUUUUAGAUUUUAGGGUUCGGCUUGUGGGUUUCAGUAAGUUGAAGUUUGGGUGACACCAUGUGGCAAAAAAAGAAGAUUUUCUGAGUUAAGUGAUUUUGAGAAGAAUUUGUAAACUCAUUAUUUCAAGACGUGUGCCCUGGUUGGUCUCCUGAAGACAUGGAGCAUACCGUUCAUUGAGUGUCAACAGGUUUCUCUCACAACCACAUCAUCUUUUCAAAUUGAUUUCUGGACAGAUGGUGAGAUUUAUGCAUUUUUGAGGAUACAUACCCAUUUGAUACCGAA